GCAGCCUCUGAAGCGGGGCUGGGAGCGGGGGGCGCCGAGUUUGACUAGUUUUAGGGGGGCCGUCCCCCGCCGGCCGCCGUGCCCAGGGCAGCGGCGUCUCUGGGUGACGAGCGCGUCUCGGAGGCUUCACCGCCGCGUCCGGGCGGUGCUGCGAGGAAAGUUGGAGGCCGAGGGGCGACGGGCGGCUGAGGGGAGGCGGGCGCGGCCAUGGAGCCCCGCAGCGCCGAGUACUUCUGCGCCCAAGUGCUGCAGAAGGACGUGAGCGGCCGGCUGCAGGCGGGCGAGGAGUUGCUGCUCUUCCUCGGCGCGCCCGGCGCCAUCCCGGACCUGGAGGACGACCCAAGUCGCCUGGCCAAGACCGUGGACGCGCUCACCGGCUGGGUGGGCUCGAGCAACUACCGGGUAUCAUUAUUAGGAUUGGAGAUUUUAAGUGCCUUUGUGGAUAGAUUGUCAACACGAUUUAAAUCUUAUGUAGCAAUGGUUACCACAGCUUUAAUAGACAGAAUGGGAGACACCAAAGACAGAGUUCGAGACGAAGCUCAGAACCUGACACUGAAGCUGAUGGAUGAGGUGGCACCACCUAUGUACAUCUGGGAGCAGCUGGCCUCUGGUUUCAAGCACAAGAACUUCCGAUCUCGAGAGGGCGUGUGUCUGUGUCUUAUUGAGACCUUGAACAUCUUUGGAGCUCAACCAUUGGUCAUCAGCAAGUUGGUGCCACAUUUGUGUAUCUUAUUUGGAGAUUCUAAUAGUCAGGUGAGAAAUGCUGCAAUAUCGGCUGUAGUGGAGAUUUAUAGACAUGUAGGAGAGAAGCUGAGAUCUGAUCUGUGUAAGAGAGACAUUCCCCCUGCUAGAUUAGAAAUGAUACUUGCCAAAUUUGAUGAAGUACAAAAUUCGGGCGGUAUGAUUUUGAGUGUCUGCAAAGAUAAAAGCUUUGAUGAUGAGGAAUCAGUGGAUGGAAAUAGACCAUCAUCAGCUGCUUCAGCCUUCAAGGUUCCUGCACCUAAAACAUCUGGAAAUCCAGUCAACAGUGGGAGAAAGCCUGGUUCAGCAGGUGGCCCUAAGGUUGGAGGUGCUUCUAAAGAAGGAGGGGCUGGAGCAGUUGAUGAGGAUGACUUUAUCAAAGCUUUUACAGAUGUUCCUUCUGUUCAGAUCUAUUCUAGUCGAGAACUUGAAGAAACGUUAAAUAAGAUCAGGGAAAUUUUGUCAGAUGACAAACAUGACUGGGACCAACGUGCCAAUGCACUUAAGAAAAUCAGAUCACUGCUUGUUGCUGGAGCUGCACAAUAUGAUUGCUUUUUCCAGCAUUUACGUUUGUUGGAUGGAGCGCUUAAGCUGUCUGCUAAGGAUCUCAGAUCCCAGGUGGUCAGGGAAGCUUGCAUCACUGUUGCCCACCUUUCAACGGUUUUGGGAAAUAAGUUCGAUCACGGCGCUGAAGCUAUUGUACCUACACUUUUUAAUCUUGUCCCCAAUAGUGCAAAAGUCAUGGCGACUUCUGGAUGUGCAGCAAUCAGAUUUAUUAUUCGGCAUACCCAUGUACCCAGACUUAUACCGUUAAUAACAAGCAACUGUACAUCAAAAUCAGUGCCUGUGAGGAGGCGUUCAUUUGAAUUUUUAGAUCUGUUGCUGCAGGAGUGGCAGACUCACUCACUGGAAAGACAUGCAGCUGUCUUGGUUGAAACUAUUAAGAAAGGAAUUCAUGAUGCUGAUGCUGAGGCCAGAGUGGAGGCAAGAAAAACAUACAUGGGUCUCAGGAACCACUUUCCUGGUGAAGCUGAAACGUUGUAUAAUUCCCUUGAGCCGUCAUAUCAGAAAAGUCUUCAGACUUACUUGAAGAGUUCUGGCAGUGUAGCGUCUCUUCCGCAGUCAGACAGGUCCUCAUCCAGCUCACAGGAAAGUCUCAAUCGUCCUUUUUCUUCUAAAUGGUCUACAGCGAACCCAUCAACUGUUGCUGGAAGAGUGUCAGUGGGAGGCAGCAAAACCAGCUCCCUUCCAGGAAGCCUGCAGCGUUCUCGAAGUGACAUCGAUGUGAAUGCUGCAGCUGGUGCCAAAGCGCAUCAUGCCGCUGGACAGGCUGUGCGAAGUGGGCGGUUAGGGGCAGGUGCCCUGAAUCCAGGUUCCUAUGCAUCGCUUGGUCGGGUGAGAGCUAAGCUUUCUACACCACUUGCUGCUGUGGGGAAUGCCAAGACCGAUUCUAGAGGAAGAAGCCGGACAAAAAUGGUGUCUCAGUCUCAGCCUGGAAGCCGAUCCGGGUCUCCAGGAAGAGUUCUAACCACAACAGCCCUCUCUACUGUGAGCUCUGGUGCUCAACGGGUCCUGGUCAAUUCGGCUUCAGCCCAGAAGAGAAGCAAGAUCCCAAGGAGCCAGGGCUGCAGCAGAGAGGCCAGCCCAUCUAGGCUUUCAGUAGCCCGGAGCAGUCGGAUUCCUCGCCCGAGUGUGAGUCAAGGCUGUAGCCGGGAAGCUAGUCGAGAGAGCAGCAGGGACACAAGCCCAGUCCGCUCUUUCCAGCCCCUAGGUCCGGGAUAUGGGAUCAGCCAGUCAAGCCGAUUGUCAUCCUCCGUUAGUGCCAUGCGAGUCCUGAACACAGGCUCCGACGUGGAGGAAGCAGUAGCUGAUGCCUUGAAAAAACCCGCUCGAAGAAGAUAUGAGUCAUACGGAAUGCACUCAGAUGAUGAUGCCAACAGCGAUGCUUCGAGCGCAUGUUCAGAACGCUCCUAUAGCUCUCGAAAUGGUAGUAUUCCUACCUACAUGAGACAGACAGAAGAUGUGGCAGAAGUCCUCAACAGAUGUGCUAGUUCCAAUUGGUCAGAAAGGAAAGAAGGCCUCCUGGGUCUGCAGAACUUGUUAAAAAACCAGAGAACACUAAGUCGAGUUGAAUUGAAAAGAUUAUGUGAAAUUUUCACGAGAAUGUUUGCUGAUCCUCACGGCAAGAGAGUGUUCAGCAUGUUUCUGGAAACUCUGGUAGAUUUCAUACAAGUCCACAAGGAUGAUCUUCAAGAUUGGUUGUUUGUGCUGCUGACACAGCUGCUGAAAAAAAUGGGUGCUGAUUUGCUUGGUUCUGUUCAGGCGAAAGUUCAGAAAGCCCUUGAUGUUACAAGAGAAUCAUUUCCAAAUGAUCUUCAAUUUAAUAUCCUAAUGCGAUUUACAGUUGACCAGACCCAAACACCAAGCUUGAAGGUGAAGGUCGCUAUCCUUAAGUACAUAGAAACUCUGGCCAAGCAGAUGGAUCCAGGGGAUUUUAUAAAUUCCAGUGAAACUCGCCUGGCAGUGUCCCGGGUCAUCACUUGGACGACAGAGCCCAAAAGCUCUGAUGUUCGAAAGGCAGCACAGUCAGUGCUGAUUUCUUUAUUUGAACUCAAUACCCCAGAGUUUACAAUGUUACUAGGAGCUUUACCAAAAACUUUCCAAGAUGGUGCUACUAAACUUCUUCAUAAUCACCUUCGAAACACUGGCAAUGGGACCCAGAGUUCCAUGGGGAGUCCUUUGACAAGACCUACACCUCGAUCCCCAGCCAACUGGUCCAGUCCUCUUACUUCUCCUACUAACACAUCACAGAAUACAUUAUCUCCAAGCGCGUUUGAUUACGACACAGAAAACAUGAAUUCUGAGGACAUUUACAGCUCCCUUAGAGGUGUCACUGAGGCAAUCCAGAAUUUCAGCUUCAGAAGCCAAGAAGACAUGAGUGAACCACUCAAGAGGGAGCCUAAAAAAGAGGAUGCUGACACAGUGGUGCCUCAAGUAAUGCCAAGAGCAGUGUUUGACUUGGACUGCAGGAAGGAUGCGUGUAGAGUUCCCGUCAGCCAGCAUGGCAUACAGUUGCUCGAUAGAUGUGGUAUUUCUGGUGAUAAUAAUUUUGAGAUAUGUGGCCCUGGGAUGUCAGAUCCACGAGCAGGAGGUGAUGCCACUGACUCCAGCCAGACAGCUCUUGAUAAUAAAGCAUCUUUGCUCCAUUCAGCACCACUUCACUCCUCUUCACGUUCCCGUGAUUAUAAUCCAUAUAACUAUUCAGAUAGCAUCAGUCCCUUCAACAAGUCUGCCCUCAAGGAGGCCAUGUUUGAUGAUGAUGCUGACCAGUUUCCUGACGAUCUUUCCUUAGACCAUUCUGACCUAGUUGCAGAGCUGUUGAAGGAGCUGUCUAACCAUAAUGAACGUAUAGAAGAAAGAAAAUUUGCCCUGUAUGAACUCAUGAAGCUAACCCAGGAAGAAUCUUUCAGUGUUUGGGAUGAACACUUCAAAACAAUAUUAUUGUUAUUGCUUGAGACUCUUGGGGAUAAAGAGCCUACAAUCAGGGCUUUGGCAUUAAAAGUUUUAAAAGAAAUCUUAAGGCAUCAACCUGCAAGAUUCAAAAACUAUGCAGAGCUGACUGUCAUGAAAACGUUGGAAGCCCAUAAAGAUCCUCAUAAAGAGGUGGUGAGGUCUGCUGAGGAAGCUGCCUCCGUGUUGGCUACUUCCAUUAGUCCAGAGCAGUGCAUCAAAGUGCUUUGUCCAAUUAUACAAACUGCUGACUACCCAAUUAAUCUGGCUGCAAUAAAAAUGCAAACAAAGGUGAUAGAGAGAGUAUCCAAGGAAACUCUUAACAUGCUCUUACCAGAGAUCAUGCCAGGUCUAAUACAGGGUUAUGAUAAUUCAGAAAGCAGCGUCCGGAAAGCUUGUGUCUUCUGCCUGGUAGCUGUUCAUGCGGUCAUUGGUGAUGAAUUAAAGCCACAUCUCAGUCAACUCACUGGCAGUAAAAUGAAGCUGCUGAACCUUUACAUCAAACGUGCACAGACGGGCUCUGCAGGAGCUGACCCUACUACUGAUGUUUCUGGACAAAGUUAGUGCUGCAGAUGGAGCCUCCCAGGUCUCUGAAAAGGCAACUGCCCGCCCUCCUCAAGGAAAGGAAAUUCUCAAGUACAGCUUUGGGGACUAAGCUACCCUUUCCCAGUUCUAGCUUUUUGUUUUGUUCCGUUUUGUAUUUUCUGUAACAGAGGGUGUCCUCAGUCUGCAUGUGACUUUAUGAUAGUUAUUCCAAAUUCAGGAAGAGCAGUAUUAACAUCAGUUGAUCACUACAAAGUAAUUUUUUAAUCUAAUUCACCAUUUCACAUGUUUGUACUUUGUCUUCCCAUUAACCUUUGCCAGUGUUAUGAUUGUAUAAAUUUUUUUAAAUGCUGGUUAAACAGGAAUGCUUCAGGCUUUAAAAGUUUAACAGUCUAAACUUUUCAUUUUGCCUUUGUUCAACUGCAGAAGAAUAUUUUUAUUGCUACUUUGAGUUUUGUUCCGUAUCAUGUCCUAUGCUAGAAAUAUUGACAAUGAUGUGAGACAAAGCAGGGCUACUUGGAACUCCAGCCAGACUCCAUUGAUGUGGCGGUGGUACGUGUCAUUAGCUGCGACUUCUUUGGGAUGACCUCAAAGAGAAAUGUCCUAGAAUCAGCCAGUUCUGUAAGACUGAUAGUGUCUUUGGUUCUUGAUCUUACCACCUUUGUUCAAAGCCGUGCCCCUUCUCUGACCCCGAAAGAAAACUGCACCAAAUCACCUGCCUGGGUUUCCAUGGGAAUUAUUAAAAUGGAAGGUUUUGUUGCAGAACUUUUUGGUUUAUCUUUGUUGUGAAUGAUGCUUUUUGUUGUAUUUAUUAAUAUCAAACUCACUUAUGAAUAGACUUGAUAAUGGAAACAGAUGAGAAAAAUCAAGUGCAUGUGUGUCUUUGACUGUCUUCUGUUUCUUAGUUGAUAAACUAAUUAUUGCCAUGGGAGUCAACUAGCACCUUUUUUGUUGAAUGAUGGAACCUGGUUUCCUUUGACCAUGAAAUUGUCUUAUGAAAACACUGAUCCUGAUGAGAGAGAAGAUGGUGCCGAGGCUCUUGUCCAAUGGGCUCACACUUUCUACCUCCUCAGGGCUGACACUUUAACUGACCCGCUGCCUGUAGUGUCUUGGAAAACUACUUUAAGGUGAUGUUUUGUUACCUUCUAACAUUUUUUUUAAAAUCACUUCUGCUAAAGCUAUUAUUUUUAUGUGCAGCCAGCUUUUAAAUAUUACCAGUUUGGGUAAAAUACCAAAUGAGGUAAUUUGGAACCAGGAUACUAUUAAUUUCUCAUUUUGACCUUUUUUUGUUUUGUUUUGUCUUUUGUUUUUUCUAAUCCUCACAUAAGGUGAAUUUGACUGGAAAGCAAAUGACUGUUAGGGAAGCAGUUUGCUAUUGUUACAGAGUUAUCUAUACUUUGUUCAGCUGAAAAAAAUUGUAGAAAUGUAUGUAAAGAACUUAAGCCAAGAGAACUGGACGGACGAUUGGUUGUAGACUUUUCCCUUCCUUUGUUUUUGUUCUGUUCUAGCAGCAAGGAAAAGAUAUUGCUCCAUAUCCUCCCCUACCUGUAACAGUUUUGUUUUCUGUUGUUAAUGACAUUGUGUAUUUAUAGUUCUAUGCUUACUGUUGUGCAUAUACUGGCAAUAAAACUGUACAUAACAUUACUUGAAAACCUUA